AUGUCUGGCCCUCCAAACAGACAGUUCUCAAUGAACAGCAAUGGAUCUCUUGAAACUUUCAGCCAACUCUCUCUCAAUGACGACCCGAUUGCUCGCUCCAAGUCGUCCAUGUCCAUGCGCUCAUACCAAUCCCAUCCUCCUCAUUUCGACCCUCGUCAUGCCUAUGGCCACUAUCCUCCUCCUCCUCCUCCUCCUCAAGCAGAUCCUCUCUACGCAGCUGCUUCAAAUGUUUUGGGAAUGGGUCCUCCUCCCACAGCUCCAUCUUACGACAACUCUUACGAUCCCUCCAUCUACACUGACUACUCUUCCGAAUACCACUCAACUUCUUCGCAAUACCAACAACCUGCUCCUUCUUCAGAUUACCACUCUAAUUAUCCGCAUCUUCAACAACAUCCUUCGGAUUACCACUCUACUUCACAAUACCAACAACCUCCUUCAGAUCAUCACUCUAACCAUCAGCAACAACAAUCACCUCAUUUUGACCCUCACUACCAUCACCAACAACUACAACAAGCACCAGCACCUCCCGUAAACGUCUCCCAGUCAAACCUCGCCUCCUCCCCAGACACCGAAUUCGAUAUGCGUCCAGACGCUCGUCCAGGAAUGGGCUCUCGUAUGGACUCUCUUCGCCCAUCAACCACCAAAUCGAAAGCAGUCGACUUAUCCACCCCCCCUUAUACCAAAGAAUACAUCGACAGUUAUCGCCAACGUAUAAAAGCGGAUCCAGAUCCCGAAGCCCACUUUCUUUAUGCCAAAUACCUCGUUGACGCUGCUCGUAAGAUUCGUCAAACAGCCAAAGACCAAAAAGCAGGUAAACGGUAUUCUGAAAUACUCAUCACCGAAGCGCUCAAGGUCAUCCGCCGUCUAGCCACAAGCUCUGCAACUCCCUAUCCAGAUGCCCAGUUCUACCUCGCAAACUGUCACGGUUCAGGUGCAUUAGGUCUUCAAGUCGAUCACGAACGAGCCUACCAUCUCUACCUCCAAGCAGCUAAACAAAACCAUCCAGCUGCUGCCUAUCGUGUCGGUGUCUGUAACGAAAUUGGUGCUGGUACUAGAAGGGACUGGGCUCGCGCCUCUGCCUUUUACCGCAAAUCCGCCUCCCUCGGUGACACCGCCGCAAUGUACAAGCUCGGCGUCGUUCUCAUGACCGGUGGCCUAGGAGAAGAAAAACGCGAACGUGAAGCCGUUGGUUGGCUAAAACGCGCCGCGGAACAAGCAGACGAAGAGAACCCACAUGCAUUACAUGAAUUAGGGUUGCUAUACGAAGGUGGACCGGGUGUUUCCCCUUCCAUGCGUGAAAACAUUCACCCAGACCCUUACGCCGCCAAACAACUUUUUACACAAGCCGCUCACUUGGGCUACACCCCAUCUCAAUAUAAAUUAGGCCAAUGUUACGAAUACGGUACUGUCGGAUGUAACGUCGACCCAAGACGUUCUAUAGCUUGGUACACUAAAGCAGCCGAAAAGGGGGAUGCAGAAGCAGAGUUGGCAUUGAGUGGAUGGUACCUUACCGGUUCAGAAGGCGUCCUCAAACAAUCCGACUCUGAAGCCUAUCUCUGGGCCCGUCGAGCAGCGAACAAAGGUCUCUCCAAAGCAGAAUACGCCGUAGGUUACUACGCCGAAGUCGGUAUUGGUGUUAAACAAGACAUUGAAUUCGCUAAACGAUGGUACAUGCGUGCUGCUGCUCAAGGAAAUAAACGAGCUAUGAACCGUCUUACGGAGAUAAAAAAAUCGGGCGGGGCUAGACCUGGCGGACAUGGUGGAGCUGGGAGACCGACGAGGCAGCAGGCGAAGGAUGAGUGUGUUAUUUGUUAG